GCUAACAGCAAACACUUUGCUGGACUAGAGAGCACAAUACCAGCCAAGGAGGGAGAGAGGGAGCAAGAGGGGGGCCACAACUGCAGCCAAGGAGACCAGAAAAACUCUUCCCCCAAAUCCUCCAACUCUGCCCCUAGAGAAAGAAGCAGCAGCAGCAGGCACAAACAAAAGCAUUCUUGGCUUUCAGUUUAAGGGAAAAAAGGUACAAAAGAUCGGCCAGAUCAUUUUCUCUAGAGACAGAUUUGAGGCGACGCCGUGACAGGACGCAGAACUUCAUCCAUCCCGACAUCACUAAAGUGGCAAAGUGAAUGACCGAUACAUCUGGAAGACGACAGGAUGAGAGCGACAAUCAGGAUCACAUGGCUGCUCCUUUCACUCAGUGUCUUAUGUCACCACGUCUGGUCAGAUGACGCCGAUCCAACAGGCGCCACUGUGACGAAGGACCAUCCGACAGCUAAGAGCGACAGUGUCCCGACUGCAGUGACGACGGGGGCCAAGGUCAUGGACGAACCGACGACAGCGACGACACUGGUAGCUGCAGCAGCCACAACGGCUCGGAAAACUGAACCCACAACUGUGAUGCCCAUAGCUGCGAAUUCAUCAGCUGGAUCUGAUGUGAAAGUUGAUGCUACUUCCAAGCCUCCUAUCAAGGCUGAUGCCGUCACCCCUGCAAAGAUCGACGCUUCUGUCAAAACCCCUGCUGCCUCAGCGACAAAACCUGUGACAGUGGUGACGUCCGUCACUGACGCUCCGAGGGUGACGCCGGCUGCGCCGCCAUCAAGGGCCAGCACGAUCAAUGUCGCGGUGACGCCCAGUCAGACCACAGUAGCGCCGCCUCCUCCAGCGUCUGUUAAGGCAGCAACAUCCAUCUACGCUCCGAUGGCAGGAACUACCAAGCCGACUACAGUCUCUACUGAUCCGCUGAAGCUAGGUCCGACUACAGAGCCCAUCACGCCGCCGGCCGCCAAGAAGGGAGCAACGGCAACGGCACUGGUCGCCUCCACGACUGGAUCCGGUACCUUACACAAAACCACUCUAAGAACACAAGUCAGUCAAGUGACGCCAACACCGGCUGUGAGCACUGCGUCCACCAACAAGCCCGUGACACGGACCGAGACCAGGCCUGCAGGACCGCAGACCUCCAGUCCCCCACAGAGCACCGCAGACACUCAGACCCCUCCCCUAAGCACAGCAGCGGCAAAGCCUGUGACGUUCAAAUACGAGCUCCACAGCGGCCAAGAGGAGACAGAGAAGGAGAAGGAGUUGGUGAAGGUCUGUAGGAGGCUGAUGGAGAACUUUGAGAAGGGGACGUGCACCCUGAGGUUGAGCCGCCACCAAGACAAAGUGGUGUUUGACAGCGUCUCCGUAAAUGGGAACGUGAAGACAUCUGUGGCAUCUGAGCACUACGAGGACGUCACCAGGAAGCCGAACGACAACAGGACUCUGAUCGCCAUCCUGGCGUCCUGCGGCGCUCUGCUCAUCAUGAUCGUCAUCCUGGCGGUGUGUGCCUCGCACCAUCGUAAACCCUACAGUGAGACGCAGCAACACCUGACGGAGGAGCUGCACGUGGUGGAGAACGGUUACCAUGACAACCCCACGCUGGAGGUGAUGGAGGUGCAGCCGGAGAUGCAGGAGAAGAAGCUGGCGCUCAACGGCGAGUUCAACGACAAUUGGAUCGUCCCCAUCGACAACCUGUUGAAGGAGGACCUGCCCGACGAGGAGGACACACACCUGUAGGACACUCACACUCCUGCUGCCAUGGCGACGCUCCACCCCUCCCACCCGCUACUUUUUCCAAGACUUUUGGAGAGUUGAGUCUCACUGGAACUGAGGACGACCUGAGCUUAUUUAGCACACUUUAUAUCCUCCUGUGAAUGAAAUGUAUGACGUCAUUUUGAAAUGAUGAUAAUAAUAAUGACAACUACAGAAGUGUCUCACUUUCACCACUGGACUUUGAUCUUAAACUGCUAAUGUUAUCAUCAAAGAAGACAUUAAUAAAACAUAUUUUUUAUUGAAUCACCUUUAUUAGAGUUUGUAAAAUAAUUUAUUUGACUUUUUUUUUGCCUCAAACAAUUGAAAAAUGUUUGAUUCUGCAAGAUUGUUGCGUUUGGAUGAGGCGACACCACUGGGCGGAUCAUCUGGAGGAGCUUCUCCUGACACAGGAAUUGGAAAUGAAUCAAAACAGCGCCGCCCUCAGGUGAAAGUGCGGCACUUCUGUAGAUGAUUGAAUUCAGAGCUGAGGUCACUGAUCAUGUUAUAGCUCAGAUGUGGAGGAGUCGAAUAAUCUGCUGGAUUAACUGACGUAGAAACGGAGAAGUCUGAGAGUCCAGGCGAUGGCGUGUUGACACGACUCAGCUCUGUGGACUGCGACAGACAUUCGAGUCAUGACUCGGGUUUUUUGUAGAUAAAUGAUGCCACGAAGUUGUGAAGCGUAGAUUGUGUGUUUUUGUUUUUUUUUCAGUCUGGGCUGUUUUUGUCAACACUUUGGGAGAAUCUGGGUCUUUGUCCACCAUCUGACGUCUGGAUGAUAUUUAUCCAGGUUUAGAGAAUGUAGCCUUGGGUGGAAAAUGCUGAACGAAAGUCUGACUGAAUUUAUAGAUUUGGAACAACUUCUGCAGCAGUGAGCAAAAGAAGAAUUACGUGUUCAGAAAUGUUACCCUCAGAGAAUAAUUAAGUAGAAUUUAUAAAUACAAACUAUAGGACAAAGUAAAAUUAAAAUUGUUCUUAAAAUUAUGAGAAUUUCUUACUUAAAAAGUGUAGAAAAAUGAAAUAAUAGCAAUAUAUUCAAUUUCUCCAGCAACAAAAAGUACAUAUAUAAUAAAAGAGAAUCAACUAGGUGAUAUUCAAAAAUUGAAGCAAUUGGAAAAAAACAGAAAAAUUAUAUUUGAAAAAUUGAUUUAAAAAAAAAACAAAUCACAAUUUUAUCAGCAAGGAAAAUAUCUGAACCACGUGUAUAGCAGGAAAAAAAGGAAGAUCUUAUAACCAUAAUGGAAACCAUCAGAGAAACACUGAAAAUAUGUUGCAAUAGAACUGCAAAUGAUGUAAGACUAAAAGAUCAAGGAGAUGCUGAUGUGGACAAAGACCCCGACAACAUUAAUAACAGCAGACACAAGGAGGGAUUUGAACCGUCUCCCAGUUAAUAUACUCAUGUAUCCACUGUAUAUCCACGUGUGAACCAUCCGACGGUUGUUAUCUUCACCAAAGUGUGUUAGCCAUGUUUGUUGUGUAUUUAUGGUCUGCUCGUGUGAGCGUGCGGACAACAGGGGUCUGAAACACUGGAACUGUUUAUUGUCAAUCCAUAUUUUGCUAAUAAAGACUUUCAAAUCAAA